AUGUCAAAACAUCGUUUAACAAAUAACAAGAAUAAUACCAAUGGCAUUUCGAAACCAUCCUCAAAUUCAGUAUCAGUGGAAAACAGCAGUACAAAUAACCCAAAAGCUGGUCCUACACCGACAUUGAAGGUUGUUUUGUUAGGAGAUCUGGGUGUGGGUAAAACUUGUUUGAGAUCUCAAUUUGUACAUCAUGUAUUUACCAACGCAUACAAGGCAACUAUUGGAGGUGAUUAUUUGACAACAUCAGUUGUUCUACCCCAGCAAAUACAACAAUCACAAUUAUCGUCAUCGACUUCAUCUUUGGACAUUAAAUCAAACUUUGCAACUACCAGACUACCGAGUACGAAUACAAAAGUCAAUUUACAAAUUUGGGAUACAGCAGGUCAAGAACGAUUCAAUAGUAUAUCUCAAGCAUUUUAUCGAGGCACAGAUGUAUGUGUUUUGGUUUAUGACGUUACGAAUUACGAGUCAGUACUAAGUAUAAGAGAUUGGUUUAAUCGAUUUAUGGAGCAUUGUCAUGUCGAAUUUCCUGGUAUUGUGAUUGUGGGAAAUAAAUCAGAUAAAUCAACCGACCGAUGUGUUGAUUUGAACGAAAUAAAAGAUAUUGUUACGACAAAUACAACUUUUGCCAAUGUGGGUGAUUACAUUGAUGAUUGGGAUAAUUCAUUAAUGGAAAUAAGUGCUAAGCGUCUAGAAUUAGUCGAAGAGUUGUUUGUCAGAGUUGCAAAAAUUGGUGUUGACUUGUUAAUGGGUAAUAAAGGUGAUAACAAAAGAAGAUUGCAACAAUUUGAUAAGAUUGAUUUGAGAGAAACACAUAAUAGAAUAAAUGACAAUACUACUAGUACAUCGUCGAGCUGUGCUUGUUGA